AUGAGUGAGCCAGAGACAAGAAGCACAGAGCUGGAGAGGCCUACUCCCAAGGCGGAUAUCUAUCCUGCCGAUGAGAAGAAGGGUCUCUCUAACAACGAGAACGCCUUUGAUGAUGUCGAGGUUAUGUCUUCAAAAGCCGCCCAGCCUCUGGAGACUGCCGAGGAUAUCGUCACACAUGUCAUUCAGGUCGAUGAUGACCCUACGAUGAAUCCAUGGACAGUCCGCAUGUUCGCUGUUGGCAUCGGAUUGUCUGCCUUUGGUGGUGUUUUACAGGAGAUCAUGUACUUCAAGCCCCAAGUCGUCUAUGUAUCAGUCAUGUUCUUGACUGUCCUGGCCGAAACACUGGGUACUGGUCUGUCGCAUAUCAUCCCCCGCAAGGGCGUCAUCGGACGCUGGCUCAACCCUCACCCAUGGAACAGAAAGGAACACACUGCAGCAGUCCUAAUGGCAUCGGCUGCGUCUGUAUCAGCCCUAUCCACCGAAGCCCUGUCCGUCCAGAAGCUCUGGUAUGGCGGCUACCCUAACCAGGCUGCCGGUAUCUUUAUCACCCUUUCGUCUCAGCUUAUUGGAUACGGUAUCGCUGGAAUGAUGAGACCUGUUCUAUUGUAUCCUACUAAGAUGCUCUACCCUGCCAACCUGCCCAUCACAACUGUCAUGGAGACUCUACACAAGCCCAAGUCGGAGACUAGAAAGAGAUUCCAGGUUUUCUGGAUUGUCUUUGUUGCCAUCUUCUUCUGGGAAUGGUUCCCUGAGUACAUCUUCCCGCUGCUUUCCGCCGUCUCCGUCUUCUGCCUCAUCGAUCGCCACAACCCCGUCUUCACAAACCUCUUCGGUGGUUCACAGGGUAACGAAGGCAUGGGUUUCUUAAGUGUCUGUUUUGACUGGAACUAUAUCGCGGGUUUUGGAAGUCCACUCUGGAUGCCUCUACAGACCUUGUGCAACAGUUUCAUUGGUUACAUCCUGGGCAUUGCAAUCUCCAUGGGCCUCUACUACGGUAACGUCUGGAGAGCCAGGGACUUCCCCUUCAUGGCCCAGCUCCUCUACGACGGAAGCUCUAACACAACGAACCAUAUUCCCUACAACGAGACCUCCAUUAUGAACUCUGACUUUACGGUGAAUACUGAAGCUCUCGACAAGGCUGGUCUUCCGUAUCUCACGGCUACAUACGUUAACUACCUCAUCACCUCCAACGCUGGAUUGACCGCGACUCUGGUACACAUGUUUCUAUGGAACUACGACGAGAUUAGCCUUGGAUGGUCUUGGGUUACUAUGACAAACCUUAAGAAGUUAAUUCGUCCGGAGACGUACUUUUUCUGGAGACAGACGGGUGGUCGCACUGAGGAGGAAAAGACCAAGCUUCGCGACGACCCCACCAUCGAUCCUCAUUAUAAGCUUAUGCUUGACUACGAUGAAGUCCCCAACAGUUGGUACUUCCUCAUCUUUGCUGCUAGCUUUAUCACUGGUCUUGUCUGUUUGUAUGUGAUGAAGUCCACUCUUCCUUGGUGGGGCUUCAUUAUGGCAUCCUUGUUUCUGGCCAUCUUUCUUGUUUUCUUCGGUGCCCAGUACGCCAUGACUGGUUUCGGCUUUAACCUGCAGCCUAUCUUCCAGAUGUUGGCUGGUUAUUGUUUCCCUGGUAGACCGCUCGCAAACAUGUACUUCACGUCGUACACAUACAACGGACUUAGCCAGAGUUUCCUUCUACUUCGAGACCUGAAGCUCGCUCAGCAGAACAAGCUAUCGCCGAAAGCGACUUUCACCACUCAAGUCAUUGGCUGUAUUUUGGGUGCACUGCUCAACUACGUGAUGAUGAUCAGUAUCGUCGAUAACCAAGCACCGAUCCUCGAAUCAGCAGAAGGAACCAACGUCUGGUCAGGAGCUCAGAUCCAACAGUUCAACACCCUCGCUAUCGCCUGGUCCAUCGCCCCCAAGAUGUUCUCAAUCGGCGCCCGCUACCAAUGGGUCACCAUCUCCUUCUUCAUCGGCUUCAUUGCUCCUCUGCCAUUCUACUUUCUUCACCGUCUGUUCCCUCGAUCGCGAAUUUGGCCAUACCUCAACACCUCCAUCAUUCUCUGGUAUCUCGGCUACCUCUUUGUUGGACUCAACGCGUCAAUUACAAGUUACUACAUCUUGGGAGCUUUUGGCCAGUUCUACCUCCGCCGAUACCGCCCGCAUUGGUUCGUCAAGUGGAACUACCUCAUUUCUGCGGCACUCGAUGGUGGUACCCAGGUCAUGGUUUUCAUUGCCACGUUCGCUGUCUUUGGUGGUUCCGGAAAGUCAGUGCCAUUCCCUGCAUGGGCGGGUAAUAAGGUGAACAAUUUUGAUUAUUGUGUCUACAAUGAGUCUGGCUGA